UGGCCUUUCUAAAUAUUUAAAAGUACAGGGUUUGUCAAAGCUUUAGAGCCAACCAAAAUUUUUCAGCAAAAAAAUCAUUCAAAAUCAAGCAACAACAGACCAUUAUGCUUUCAACAAAGCGAGUUCUCUCCAAAUCGAUGGCCAAAAAGAAGACCACCGCUAAGAAAGUGCCCAAAACGGAUCCACAACAACAGCGUUUCUUGAAGACCCGGUUUAAGGCUAAUAAGCCCAUUAAAAAGCAGUCCUCGGUGCCGCCUAGCCAACGGAUCUGGCGCAGGACAGCGGUUCAGACGAAACCCAAGCUAACAAAGAGGAUUCCCAAGCUAUUUCGCAUGGAUCGGCACACGGGACUUCCUGUGGAUUACGAAAGGACUGUUCAGCGGGUGAUGCACUAUGUGAAUCCUCAUUUGGCCAAUAGACCUAGGACCGAACAGGUUCUGGAGGAGUUGCUGGCCAAAUUGUUAGCCGAGGUGGUGCGUCAGGGUGGUCAUCAUCAGAACACCCAACUUAGGUCCUUGCUUAAGGAUCACUGCAAUUGCCGUAGGAAGGAUAUGGUUCGUAGUAAAUCCGAGCAACGCAGACGCGAAGCGAACGAGAGCUUGGACCAAUUUCAUAGCGCCUGCAAACGGGGACCCUUCCGGUUGGCCAGCCCCAAACUUGGUCCCACCUGCAUUAGCAAGUUCAACUUUAACCAGCUGAGGAUCAAAAGCACUUGAGUUAGGGAUAGAAAGCGGCCUGUUAAUAAUAUACCAAGAUGUCACGUUUCGGUUCUAUGAAGUAGCAAAUAUUGCUGAGUCCAAUAAAUUUCUUUCCACUUUUAAA